GUCCCUUCCACCUCCACCUCUCACUCUCCAGGGUGAGCCAAAACCAGAGAGAUAGACCCGGACGCCGUCGCCAUGGCCACGGCGAUCUCUUCCUCCCUCUCCGCCGCGUCCCUCCUACGCCCCGUCCCGUCCCGCCACCGCCCGCUCCUCCGCGCGCUCGCGGCCUCGGGGUCGGGGGGCAAGAAGAAGAAGCCCGGCAAGUCCAAGGGCAAGGCGAAGACACUGGAGCCGCCGCCCGACGUGGUGCGGCGCGCGCCGGCGGGGAGCGCGUCGGUGUUCGAGCAGCAGCGGACGGAGCCCGGGUUCAAGCCCGGCGGCGACGGGGAGCGGCCCUCGGCGGAGGAGGCGCGGCAGCGGCAGGCCACCGAGAGCGCCUUCGUCAUCGCCUGGCUCGGCCUCGGCGGCGUCAUCCUCUUCCAGGGCCUUGCGCUCGCCGCCUCCGGUUUUCUGCCCGCAGAAUGGGACAGCUUUCUUGUCAAAUUCCUUUAUCCAUCUUUCACUCCGACUGUACUCUUGUUUAUCGGGGGUACGACUGGAUAUGGUGUCUUCAAGUACUUUGAAGGCGAGAAAAGCAAAAGCUAGGAAGACUACAACUAAAAAGCAUCUGGGAGCAAAGUUUGCAAACUUUCUGGGCCGGGGUAAAUCCUUUUUACUGUGGUGGACUGGUGGUGAAGGCAUAUGGUGUCUCUGAAGUAGCUUAAGGCAGGAGAUAUCUACCAGAGCGCUAGACUGGGUAAACCUGUAUGAAGCUGAGCUAUAUACUGUACACACGGAUUGCAUGAAUAUGUACCGUUAGAAUGAUGAUUAACAAAAUCCCCAAAAAUAUUCCCACUAGGAAACAUCUGUGUACUACUACUACAUGAUAGGAUAUACUGGGGUUAAUUUGUGGUAGGCUUAGCCAAAUUACCUCUCUUGCUGUGAAUACUUGCACACAACCAAAAAGUUUGAUGAUUGCGGUCUA